AAUGGUAGAUGAAAUUUGCGAAUUACUACUACAAUUUGCUGAUCUUUGGCUCUCUCUCUUUCUUCUUCUUCUUCUUCUUCGAUGAGCAUUGAGCAGCACCACUGAAUUCUAAUUUCCUAGCCUAGCAGUAUAAAUCUGCUAUUCUUUUAGGUGGAGUGUUUUUACAACUGGUGUUGUCCCGUGAUUGAUGCAGAGAAAGGAGAAGCCAAAAAAAAAAAAAACUGGGAAGGAAGAAUUGAAGAUGGCAGCAGAGAGGGAAUACUACUGUCACAAACAAGUGGUACCGUUGGUAGCCAUGGUGAGCAUGGAGUGCACCAACGUCGGACUGAACACGCUGUUCAAGGCGGCCACCGUCAAAGGGAUGAGCCAUCAUGUCUUUAUCGUUUACUCUUACGCUCUUGCUGCUGCCUUGCUUCUCCUUCCUUCGACUUUCUUCUUCAUCAACCGAUCAAAUUCAAGACUGGAUCUUCCUCCACUGAAAUUCUCCAUCCUCUCUAAGAUUUUCCUGCUCGGACUGAUUGGGUGCACAUCGCAGAUAAUGGGAUACACAGGCAUAAAUUAUAGUUCUCCCACGCUUGCUUCCGCCAUCAGCAACCUCGUUCCAGCUUUCACUUUCAUACUUGCCAUCCUUUUCAGGAUGGAAAAGUUAGCAUUUAGAAGUUCAAGCAGUCGGGCAAAGGUCUUGGGCACCGUAUUAUCCAUUUCAGGUGCAUUUGUGGUGACCCUAUACAAUGGUCCAAGGAUCAAACUAAGAAAUACAAUACCCAUUCCCCAGCAUCUCCAUACAGCUCAAUCCAACUGGAAGCUCGGUGGCUUGUUUCUCACAGCUGAAUAUAUUUUGGUCCCCAUGUGGUACAUCGUUCAGGCUCAAAUUAUGAAGGAAUACCCGGCAGAGAUAACAGUAGUCUUCUUCUACAACUUGUUUGUCAGCAUUUUGGCUGCAUUUGCGGGCAUCUUCAUGGAACCGGACCUGAGCAGAUGGAAAAUUAGGCCUAACAUGGCAUUGGCCUCCAUAGUCUGCUCGGGAAUCUUUGGUUCUUUCUUGAACAACACAAUUCACACUUGGGCCUUGCGGUUGAAGGGCCCCGUCUAUGUUGCAAUGUUCAAACCAUUAUCCAUCGUAAUUGCCGUUGCAAUGGGAGUCAUCAUCCUCGGUGAUGCUCUGUAUUUAGGAAGCAUUCUCGGAGCAACAGUAAUAGCUCUUGGAUUCUAUACUGUAAUGUGGGGAAAAACAAAAGAAGAGAUGGAAGAAUGUGAUGAUAUUAGUUUUCUGGAGACCUCUGCAAACCACAAGCUUCCGUUGUUACAAAAUUACAACGCUUAAAACAAGUAAAAGACCAGAGAUUGAUAUCCCCCUUUAACUAUACAUUAACUAAAGCUAGUCAUCUCUAUUUGUAUAUAACUACCUAUUGCACUUGUAUAACCAGUAAGGUGGUGUGCAGACGCAUCAAACAUUGGCUUCCGUGUUUUACAUGAACCCCUGAAUAGAACUAAAUGAUCUACAAAACUGUACUUCCCUA